UAUUACAUUCGCCUGACUCGAAACAUAUUUCUAAUUAUGUAACCUAAAACCCCGAGCUAAAAAUAUAUAAAUAUAAAUACAGUUUUAGUCAACUUCUCGGCGUCUUAGUCUCAGCUCCAGGCUCCAUUAUCUCCUACUGUCACUAAGUGAAUUUCUUAAGAUCUUCGUGUGAAAAAUUUUGUAACAACAAAAUGAUGACUGAUAUUGGCGAAGCUGCUGCCGCAGAAGUUCAGCAAAAUGCGUCCGAAUCGGACGAAGUUGUCAAAGUAUCUAUGGACGUUGAUAAAUUAGCCCAGGGUUUAUUGGAAGCCUAUCAACCACCACUGGAACAAAUUGGCAAGGAAUUACAGGAAAUAUUAAAUAAACAAGACAUACUUGAUAAUAAAAUGCAAGUAGAGAACCAACAUCUUGCCGCGACUGCUGCAGAUGACGAAUGCUCGGCGAUGUAUAUAACAGUAAAAGCUUAUCAAGAAAAAUUGAGUAGAAUAAAAAGAGAAAUGGCGUUAAUUCAUGAAAGGACGACAAAACUUAAGAAACGUGCAAUUUAUCUGCAACAAGUAAAGCAAAAACAAGCAUUGGCCAAAGAACAAAAACGAGAGGAAGAACUAAGAAGAGAACAAGAACUGAUCGGGAAACCGACGUCGCCUUAAUAAUCCGCGAAGAGAAAAAUAUUUUUUUAUAUUUAAUUAUUGAAUUUAUAUGAAAAAAAUUUAAGAGAGGGUAAUUUUUAUAAAAUAUUUAUAUUUAUUGCUCUGAGUAUUUAUACAUUGUUUGAUUGUUUGUUUGUUUGGUGGUUAACUAAUUUAUUAAUUUCUAGUAAGUAAUCGUCCAUUGACUAGAUUUUUCGCACUUUUUUUUCCCACAGAGACUAUUAAAUGUCGUCUUCUUUUUGAAUCCCAAUAUUUCGCGGUCUUCUUGAAUGCGAAAUGUAAAUGUCGACUCAUAUGUUCCUAUAAAAUAUCUGUAAGCAAAAAAAUAUAUAUGGGGGUGACAAAUAUCGAGCUUAUUUUUGAAACUGAUCUCAUACUCAAAAAUAUUUAAAUAAUCAUCGGAAUCGAACCGCGAAAAUUUUUAUACCGCGAAUUUUUGAAUGAACAAAAAAAAUUUAUACUUUUUCUUUUAAAUUUAAAUAUUUGUCGGCCUCAUACAUGUCAGUAAUUAAUUGCAACUUGAAUUGAUGACAAUUCAACAUAAAUUUAUCUCAUCAUAUGUUCAAAUAUAUUUUUUUCUCCCUAUUAA